AGAUGGGGGGUUGAGUGCCUUGCUCAAGGGCACUUCGGUGGCGUUAAGGGACAUAAUGCACUAGUACAUCAUCGUUCUGUAUCACUAUCUCUGAAAUAUUGCACGUGUGUAGAAUACGUCCAUAUGUAUAUGGUUAUUGUAUACAAUAUUCUAUUGUUUUAUCUUAUUCAUUUUGGAUUGUGCUUGUAUUCUUAUUGUACUUCUUACUACGUUUCCUCUUGCACUACUACUUUAUUAGCCCACUUCACUUCAACAGAGCAACUCAAGUGUCUCCCAACAAGUUAAAAUGAUUAAUAGGCUUAAUAGCCUACCUAUAGCCAAGGUUUACCUCCAUGCUCUUUUCUUGAUGAGUGUCUCACAGAACUGAUGCCAUGCGGGGACAAAGCUGAUUGAUGAUGGAUGAGGUUUGAGGCAAUCAAACAAAAAUACCAACAGUGCAGAAUUGUUAUUGCCAGCACAUGGCUGGAUGUUGUAUUCAGAUAUGAUUUGAAGGUGGUGAUUCGAAGCAACUCAAAUUAUAUUAAUUUUUCAUUUCAUUAUCAAAUAGACACCUUAGAAUUUAGCCCAAAUCAAUCAAAUGUACAAUUGUGUGUUAUCCCGCAGCACACAAAGUGAUGCUCUAAUGGUGAUGAUGUAAUUAAAAACUAACAUUCAUCCCUCCCUCUUUAUAUUUCAAAGCUGGCAGACAUUGGAGAGACUGAAAUUGCCACACAGAUAACUCUUAUAUGAACAUCUCAGGCCUACCAGUCCUCACCUGUGAAGCAGAUAAGCAGGACCUGCCGAGUGCCAACCCUCCAGCCUGUGCUUCACAGCUUCUUUUCUGCUGGCUGUGGUAGAGAAUAACUCAAUGAUAACAGGCCUCCUGAGACAUUGGCGCCUCAUGCACAAUACUGACAUUGACCUACUUCACCUUGCCCUUGCUGACCUCAUGCUGCAUUUAACAAUCUCUUUCAACGUGGUUGACUAUGUCACUGGUUGGUUGUUUGGCACGUUUGUCUGCAAGCUGAUGGGUCUGAUGUAAACUCUUAAUCUAGCUUGCAGGUUUGAUCAGUAUUUGGCUAUCGCUAAAUUUAAUCCUAGUAUGUGAAAACGUCACAUAAGGGCAGUGCAUAUACUGUAAUGCAUUUUACUAUGGAAGGUCUGUCUGGGUUUAUCAGUUCCAAAUGUGCAUUUUCCUACUGUGAGAGAGGAAAGCAGAGACAGAGUCUCCUGUUUUUAUGAUCAUCAUGCUAUCUAUGAAAACAACUGGGUUUUGACUGUCGGAGUAUUAAAUCACGUUUCCUUUUUCCUUUCUCUGACUUACAUGAACUACUGCUAUACAGCAGUGGUAGUUACUUUGUGCAACAGUCAGAAAACUGCUUUUGUUUGUAGCUGUUGGCUCACAUAUAAUAUCACAUUAUUUAAAACUCUGAUAGGCCUAAAGGUUAUCAAAUAAGAAAGCGGUCAACCUUAUAUCCCACUGCAAACACCCCUUUAUGUGAAGAAUGGUCCGUGUUACUCCCACUGUUGCCCCUUCCUGUGUGCCUUUUUUGGGGGUUGCAGCUUCUCGCAGUUAAAUCAAUUGCUGUGCGAAAUCAGCUGCAGCCCGAUUUGUCUGCCUUUCAUCAAAACUCAGGGUCACAAUCAACCAUCCAUUUCUGAUGGAGCAACAACCAUCAGCACGAGAUUCUAAUCAAAUGAAUCUAAUAAACUAACACAAUAUCAGCCGUAACUACCCUGCUUAUGUUCUGUUCUACAGUGUUUCAAU